CCUUCCUGGCAUAAUCUUCCAAAAUAUUCAUUAAUUUCGCCUCCUCAUCCCACACGACACCAAACACAGACUAUUAUCCGUAUGACCAAGGACCAAAAGUACACCGUGCACAUUUUUCAGCCGGCCCGGUCGGCAGACUUCUUUGAAAUCCUCUCUUCCCCCACGUAACUACUUCUUAUGUCAUUAACUUCCAACAAAAACCCUAUUAAUCUCCUCCCUAAACCACUCCAUUUUCCUCUCCCCUCCUAAACCCACCACCAAGGCCAUGAGCUCCUCUUCCAACCUCUUCCUCCUCCUCUCCUUGGCCUCCUUUGCUGCCUUCUUCUUCUUCUUCUCAUCCACCCCCUCCGCCUCUGCCUUCCCCUUCCCCUUCCCCGGUGCGCCUUCGCCCUUCACCAACCCCUGGCUCCCCUUCCAGAACCUCUCCGGCUGCCACCGCGGCGACAACAGGACCGGCCUCGCCGAUCUCAAGGACUAUCUGAGCCGCUUCGGCUACCUUCCGACCGCCAACUUCACCGACGCCUUUGACGAGGCUCUCGAAGAAGCCCUCAAGACCUACCAGCAGAAUUUCGGCCUCAACGCCACCGGCUCCCUCGAUGACUCCACCGUCAGCCAGCUCAUCAUCCCCCGCUGCGGCGUCGCCGACAUCAUCAACGGCACCUCCUCCAUGCGCUCCGCCAAGCUCCCUGGCCGCAACCUCUACGCCUACUUCCCGGGCAGCCCGACAUGGCCUUCAUGGAAGCGCGACCUGACGUACGCCUUGGUCUCCACCUCCGCCGUCUCGAUCGACACCUCCGCUCUCCGCACCGUCUUCGCCCGCGCUUUCGGCCGGUGGGCGGCUGCAACGACGUUGACGUUCACCGAGUCGGACUCGGUGUCGGAUGCCGAUAUACAGAUCGGGUUUUACAGCGGCGACCACGGCGACGGGGAGCCGUUCGACGGGGUGCUGGGGACGUUAGCUCAUGCGUUCUCGCCGACCGACGGGAGGUUUCACCUCGACGCGGCGGAGCAGUGGGUGGCGGAUGGGGACGUGACCCAAGCGAGCUCGAACGUGGCGGUGGACUUGGAAUCGGUGGCAGUGCAUGAGAUCGGCCACCUGCUGGGGCUCGGCCACUCAUCGGUGGAGGAGGCGAUCAUGUACCCGACGAUCAAGACGAAGACGAAGAAGGUGGAGCUGGCGAGCGACGACGUCGAGGGGAUACAGAACUUGUAUGGGAGUAAUCCGAAUUAUACGGGCGCUGUUCCGACGACCAGCAGCCGGGAGAGCGACUCCAGCGAUGGGGGAUUGGGGAUGAUGGGCGUGGGGUGGGGCCGGGUAGUUGGGUUGUGUUUGGCGGGUGCGGCCGUUGGGUUCUUGGUGUUGUAGCCGCUUGGGAUAGUUCUUUGUUUUUUGACCUUUUUGUUUUACAUAGCAUUCCUUUUAUAUUCUUCCUUGUAUUUAUGUUCUUGGACAUUAUAUCACAUACGGAUAUACUAUUUAUACGUUUUUUUUUUUUUAUAUAUAUAUAUGAUGGCUUUAUUCUCUC